GGGUUCUGGGGUAGACGCUUUUAAAGCGCGUCGCUUGGUUUGUUGGGGUAUUCCUGGACGUGCUUUCUACAGCCACCAUGUCUGGAAAACUUCUUUCUCUUGGAGUUUUGCUCUGUCUGUUUUUAUUUUCUUCGGUUUGUGAUUUAGAUAAAUUAUUUUAGCGCAAAGCGCUUCUAUUCUACAAAUAACAGUCAAUUUUAAAUAACUGUUCAAUAGAAUUCUACGUACUUCUAUGUUAAAACACCUGUUCUACUUCGCCAUUGGUCAAUAGUCGCUGCAAAGUCACGUGUGAGAGAGCGCGCGCGAAAGCAAGCAGGCAGUUUUUGCGUACGGAUUCGAGCAGGCCGGUCAACGACUCGUUGACCACAUCCGAAAAGCAUAAACAAUGGCAAAAGACGAGGAAUUCAACGACGAAAUACUACAAGAAGAACCAGAGCGAGAUGAAAAUAGGCUUCUUCGCCAGUUAUUGACAACUAUGAACGCCAAUAUGUGCGAAAUGAGCGGAUCGCUCAGAGCUCUCAAACGUGGCGCUAAUGGCGACCAUGAGGCAGACCCUGUGGCCGUCAAAAGCUGGCUUAAGAAGCUAAGUGAAGAACAGUUUAGGGACACAGCAGACAAAUACCUGCGUCCCAAUAACUGUAGCCAUGUUGUGGUCCCCAAAGUAAACGAAGAAAUCUGGGGAAAAUUAACACGACAAGUGAAAACAAAGGAUGUCAAAUUUUCCCGCCUUCAAACCAACAUAACCAAGGCUGGCCAUAUUGCAGUGAAAACUGCGGACUCCUUGCUUAAAUUGUCAGCCAAAGCUGACAAAGAGUUUCUCGCAGAGUUGGGAAACCUUUUAACUCUUUCGACGGAUGCUCUGACAAUUUUAGGGCAUGCCAGAUUUGAGCUGUCUCAGCUUCGACGAGAUGACAUAAGGCCUCACCUUAACAUGGAAUAUGGCGACCUGUGUGCAGCAAGUGUACCGGUGACAGAGUGGUUGUUUGGGGAUGAUUUACAAACCAAACUAACUCACAUUCGAGCUGCUAACAAAAUUGGAAAUACUGCCAGUGUUUCUACAUUCAACAGACCCAACAGCAGGUUUAACAACAGACCUAAUAACAGGAAUUUUUUAGCCCGAGCACCGCCGACUCAGGGUCGGCAGAACUGGCAGAACAACAAAGGCAAGUCGCCAUUCAUCCCACGCGCGAAACAGCGCACGGAUCAACAACAAAGGAAGUAGAUUCCGUAGAUGUUGUUUUACAGUUGGCUAAGAAAGAAGAACACCCUGUACUUACCAUCCAGUCCAGAGCUGAGACAUCCACUCCACAAGACCCUACAGUUGUUGGCUUGCCCCUUGUCAGGGAACUGCACACAAGUCAAGGCCUUUCAGCAUCAGCUUCCAAAGUUAUCCUCCAGGGAUGGAGGUCAGGAACACAGAAACAGUAUCACUCAUAUCUCAAACGGUGGAAUGUUUACUGUAGUCAACGGAAGAUUAAUCCACUUUCGACAUCUGUGAUUGAUGGACUGAACUUCCUGGGUGUCUUCUACGAGGAACAGCUUCAAUACAGUGCUAUCAAUACAGCUCGUUCAGCAUUAUCUUCAGUUAUAUUCCCGACUGGAAGUGGUACUAUUGGGACACACCCAUUGGUCACAAGAUUUGUCAGAGGAGUAUAUAAUGCACGCCCAACAUUCCCAAGAUAUCAGGAAAUAUGGGAUGUUGCUGUUGUUCUCAGUUACCUGAAGACCCUACACCCUCCAGACAAAUUAUCCCUUAUGGAACUGACAAUGAAGACUACAAUGUUAAUUGCCUUAUUGUCGGGCAAGCGUUGCCAAACUCUACAUGCAUUUGAUAUAUCCACAAUGGACUUGACAGAUAAACAUUGUAUAUUUUACAUACAGGAACUUUUGAAAUCCUCAAGGCCUUCCAAACACUUCAGACGCCUGGAACUUAAAGCGUAUGAGAAUGACAAGCGAUUAUGUGUUGUUACUAUCAUCAAAGAAUAUGUUGAAAGAACAAAGUUGUUGAGGGGCAACGACUCUAGCUUCCUUAUAAGCUUUUAAAAGCCCUAUCAGCCAAUUUCUACUGACACUAUCGGUCGAUGGCUUAAGAAAGUUCUUGCAAAGUCUGAUAUCAACAUCAAUAAGUACAGUGCCCACAGUACACGUUCUGCAUCAAUGCCAGCUGGGAAAACUGCAAACAUAUCCAUUAAUACCAUAGUGGAUGCCGCAGGAUGGUCUAAUGUAGGAACUUUAAGAACAUACUAUGACAAACCAAUAACCCAAGAGCCAGAUAAUUUUGGUGUUAACCUGCUACAUGCAAUGGACUCUGAUGUUUAAUGUGAUAAUAAAAAGCUUACUGAGAA